UGAUGCAGAUCGGGAUCAAUGUCCCAAAUGUACAAGGGAAAGCUAAGCACUUGGCAACUGGCUAAGGGGCAAAACGAGCCCGUUUGACCAAAAGCACAGUUGGUCCGUGCCAGCAAGCUAAAACCCUCCUUAUACCUCUAACGCGCACAGAGCCUUGAGAGAACUCAGAGGAGGAAGGAGGGAAUAGCUUAGCAAUUGGAAAUCCACAAACCCCAGAGAAAAUGGUGAACAAAGCAUGGAGAAUAAUCCAAAGGCCACUCAUGGAAACCGUGCUGAACAACCACGCCCAGCACCACCGCGUCCCUCAGCCUCUGAUCCUCCACGGCCCUCGUGGCGCCGGCAAAACCACCCUCGUCCUCGAACGUCUACUGGGCGAGUGGAAUAAAGGUCCUCACCUCACCGGCUAUGUAGACUUUGCGGAAUCGAUCAAAGACCACCACCCACAAUACAACCAGUCGUUUCCUUGGGCUUCUUGGUCCAAUUGCCCACCACCCACUUUGACACACUGCCGGACCCAGCUCGAACGCACCCUCGAAUCGAUGGUCGAAAAGGGUGUCAAGCUCGGCACCAUUGGCUCCCACCAGAUAUUCACCACCCUCAACAAAUGGCAUGGCCUCAACACAGCGCUUCGCCGCGUGAUUCAGGGCAGCAGUGGCUUGAAAAAUGCUGUCUUGGAUAAAGUCUCGGGCACGGUGUUGUGGGAUCGGGCGGUUUUCGCACUAUCUGCUCGAUGUAAUGCCAAAGAGAUUGAUGGGGUUUUGGGUUUGGGUGAGAAAUGGAGGAGCUUGUCGGUGGAGGAGGCUUCGUAUUUCAGGGAGACGAUUCUGGCUCUGAGACUGGCGAAGGAGGUGAUUAAGGUUCAACAAGGAUGGAGGAGUAAUGCUAUUGCUCAUUUGAAUCGGACGGGCGGGUUUUCGAGGUCGUUAGCGCAUUCAUGUACUGAUUGGCCGUGUUUGUUGCUGGAGUUGUUGUCACAAGCUGCUGAAAUUGAUCAUUUUCAGCCAAAGCUGGUCAUUAACAAUAUCGAUGUUCUACGCAAUGCUACUCUAAAUGAUGAUUCAUCAGUCUGUGCGUCAAUGUAUCAUGACAGUUUGAUAUGGAGAAUAAUUGCUUUGGGUGCAAAUGAGCGGUGCCUGCCCGUCAUCCUUGUUACAUCGGAUAGCUACUAUUCAUACCAAGCCUACAUGGAUUUUGGAUUUCCAGAUAUAUUCAUCUCUCGCGAGAUGUUUGGAUGGACUCUUCAAGAGGCAAAAAUGCAUAUGGUUACUGACUAUUUCAGUCAUUCAGAGUGGACAGUGAUUGCUGAGGUGCUUGGGCCGAACCCUCGACAUCUAUUUGAGCUUUAUGCUCUAAAACAAAGUAACUAUUAUCAGAAGGUGAUGGGCGAGGAGGGUAGUACCUUUGAGGACAUCGUAGAUGCAUAUUUAGCAUAUUUGCAAAUUAAUGUUGUGAACCCUGCUAUGGAUAAAGCAUUGGGACUCUUGCAAAAGUUUGCUGUUGAUGCACAAGGCGGAAAGAUUUCAAAAGAUAAAUUACGGUUUGGUGCACCUUGGAGACAUCCUCCAAAAACUAAUGACCCCACCCUGUGCGUCAAGUGGGCAAAGCUUCAAUUGAUGGAUUUUGUUCAGUGUCUAGUCAAUACAGAGUUUGGGAUUAAUUAUCUAGCUGACUGUAGUCUUGAGAUUUUUGAUGAUCCUUCUGCUGUUGCAUUGGUGGAGGUUGGUUUGCUCUAUGCACAGCGGGAUCCAUCCUUUAUUCGGCCCAUAUCUAGAGGGAUUCAGAGGUGUCUUGUGAGAUGGCUUGUCCAGCAGCGGAUGCAAAUGAGUUUCCAAAACUUGCUCCAGUAUCUGUGGCAGCGAAUAAUACGUGGACGUAGCUAUCGUCAUUUGAUGCUAGAAGCAGGCUAUAAAUAGAAAAUUGGAGUAAGUCAAAUGUCGAAGUAGUUCUUCGUGAGUUCAAAAAAUUUUGCUACGGUUUCUUUCCGCAAAGGUAUAUUCUCUUAGUGAGGCAGGUAGCUUUUUCAGGUUCACAUAAAGAUUUUUUACACCAGAGAGGCACGGGCAAAAUUGGCCAUGCUGAUUUCUGGAAGUUUUGACAUACUGUUUCUCGAGGCUGUGUCCUUACUCUACAAUAAAAUUGAAGACUCAAAGACUCCCAUCAACCAUUAGACAUUUUGCAUUCAGAGAUGACUCUGGUUUAUAAUAAGGUGAGUCCAUUGCUGUGAAUUUGAUAGAGGACCAAUAGCAAGAGUUCACUUGAACGUAUGUAUGGCCUGUAUAUACAUACUGCGUAUAUAUUUAAUUUUUUGGGGAGGUGUCAUUUUUAAAAAUUUAAAUAUAACCAUUACUCGAGCCGUCUUAGUCCGUCUGGCGGUCGAUUCAUGACCGGACUAGUUUUCCCAGACCCAACAACAGAUUAGGUUUUAAACACUUCUUUGCUAUGUUAUUUGCAAAGAGGCCUUGUGUUAAUUUAUGAGAUUUAUGUUCAUACUCUUGCUUUGGCUGCCAUAAUUUAAUUUGAAAAAGGCUUGCAAGAGAUCA